AUGAAGACUCUUUUAAGUAGGGUGAAAAGGAUUGUAGCAUUCUUUCAUCGAAGUUCAGUGGCUAACAGUUUGCUAAAAACCAAACAAGAUCUCUUGAAACUUCCACAUCACAAACUUAUUAUUGAUGUUGCUACGCGCUGGAACAGUAGCUAUGACAUGAUGGUUAGAUAUCUGGAACGACAGCCUGCUAUAACUGCUACUUUAAUGAGUGGGGAUGUAAGGAAAAAUAUCAAGGAUCUUGACACACUAAGAGAAGAGGACAUUACAAAUCUUGAGGAUGCUGUUUCUAUUCUGAAAGACAUGAAAGACAUUACAACAGUGCUAUGUGAUGAAAAACAGCCAACAGUCUCCCUGAUUUAUCCCAUGAAGUACAAGAUUUUUAAAUCCAUGGAAUUGGUUGGCACAGAGUCUUCUCUUAUCCGACAGCUGAAAGUGGCUAUACAACAAGACAUGAUGUCCAGGUAUAAGGAUCCUGAAAUUGAACAGUUUCUGCUCAUUAGUUCAGCAGUCGACCCUAGGUUCAAAUCACUCCCUCAGCUGGAUGGCAUUCACAGACAGGAACUACAUGAUGUGAUCAUUCAGAAGGUGUUAACUCAAGGUCAUGUCCAGCAACAUAUUAAAACUGAGCCAGUUGAUGAUGACCCAGAGCCUGGUCCAAGUCUUGAGACACAGCCCCAACUGCCAACUCUAGAUCAGCUGCCACCUACAGCUGAGACUACAAGUACUUCACAGUCAUCUUCAUCCAAGGAGUCUGGAACAGUAUUAUCUGACAGUCACUGGAAUAAUGUUCCAAGUGAACGUGUGUUCUCCACAGCUGAAGACAUAGUGACCAGUCAACGCAGCUGCCUUGCUCCCGAAGAUGUGAUGGGCGAUUCCAUCAGUCACAUGCUUUGUGAUGUGAGGGACAGAUGA